CUUGGUGGCGGCAGGACCCACUCCGGCGGGAAGGACGAAGGAAUUCGGCCCCGACAGUGCGUCCGCUCCUGUAAGGGCCGCCAUGUUGAAGCCUGGCAAACGGGGAGCCCUUUUUGGCUUGUGUUGCGCAAAGCGAGGGCGAUAGCUCGGGUGGAAGAAGGGCUCCUUCUUCCCUUCACCCACUGAAAAUGUGAGGGCCAGCCUCGAGGGCCGGCGGUCAAGGGGAAGGCACUGUGGGGCUACUGGGGGUGUGGGCUUUUCCAUCCAGACUUCCGCCUUAGCGUCCACGGCGCCACUGCGCAUGCUCGGAGGGUUCCCUGGGUCUGACUUGAGUUCUGUUUCCCACCUGGAUGUGAAGCGCGGGAAUAUCCGAACUCGGCGGAUUCAACCAUGAACGACUGGAUGCCCAUCGCCAAGGAGUAUGACCCGCUUAAAGCUGGCAGCAUUGACGGCACGGAUGAAGACCCACAUGACCGCGCCGUCUGGAGGGCAAUGUUGGCACGGUACACCCCCAACAAAGGGGUCACGGGAGACCCCCUCCUCACCCUGUUUGUGGCGAGACUCAACUUGCAGACCAAAGAGGAGAAGUUGAAGGAAGUAUUUUCCCGCUACGGGGACAUCCGGCGGCUGCGGCUGGUGAGGGACUUGGUCACGGGCUUUUCGAAGGGCUACGCCUUCAUCGAAUACAAAGAGGAGCGGUCUCUGAUCAAAGCGUACCGGGACGCGGACGGCCUGGUUAUUGACCAGCACGAGAUAUUCGUGGACUACGAACUGGAAAGGACCCUCAAAGGGUGGAUCCCUCGGCGCCUUGGAGGAGGCCUGGGGGGGAAGAAGGAAUCCGGGCAGCUGAGAUUUGGGGGGCGCGAUCGGCCUUUUCGAAAACCCAUUAAUUUGCCAGUUGUUAAAAACGACCAGUACAGAGAGGGAAGAAGGGAAAAGCGGGAGCGAUCUCGGUCCCGAGAAAGACACUGGGACUCUCGGACAAGGGACCGAGACCAUGACCGUGGCCGGGAGAGGAGGUGGCAGGAGAGAGAGCCAGCCAGGAUGUGGCCGGAAAGUGACUGGGAGAGAGAGAGGGACUUCAGAGAUGACAGAGCCAAGGGGAGGGAGAAGAGGGACCGCAGCAAGUAGAGGCCCGCCAGCACCCCCAGAUCACCUGCACCCCAGAGCCCAGACAGACACCCCACAGAGGCUCAGAGAGAUGCGUUGCUGUUAUACAUGGUGCACGUCCAGUGCUUGAAUAAACCUUGCUGGUGGUGGUGG